AUGGCUACCCAGCUAUCACGAUCGGCGCCAUCAAGAGUCAGCGGCAGCGCCCUCUCGCGAUCGCCUCCCAAGAAGCAGAGACAUCUAUUCGGCGACCGGCCGCGGGAAGACAAGAAAGACGAGAUUGAGCUCGCGCUCGAGCACGCUGUCUUUGGCGAUCUUGCUGGUUUCGAGGACGGCUUGAAGGAUGCCUCCGUGCCCGAGUUUGGCAGCGACGAUGGCGACGACGAUGCUGAUGCUGAGUCUGACGACUUUGAGGAUGAGUCCGAUCAGACAAAGGCCGGCGAUAGUGUCACUACCUUUGCCAACGUCAACAACGACGACCUCUUCGUCGUCGAUGGUCUCAGCGAUCCCACAAUCGACGCAAUUGUCUCCCAGGAUGUAACAAUCACCACCACAGCAAUCGGCAAGCAAAAGAAAGACCGCGGCCCACCCCCUGCCUGGGUCGACAGCGACGACGAACGGCUGAGCAUAUCUCUUGCUUCGAGCGACCGGCUCCGGAAACUGCGCGCGACCGAGGACGACGACGUCGUCGACGGGCUCGAGUACUCCUCCCGUCUUCGCUCGCAGUUCCAGCGACUGUAUCCGACGCCGGAGUGGGCCACUCCUGCCGUAAAGCGAAAGAGCAGAGACGUUGACUCGGACGAGGACGCCACCUCGUCUGGCGACGACGUCGAGGCCGAGGAUGACAAGGAGCGUGCGCUUUCCGCCGACCCUCUGAGAAAGAUCCUGCAGAGCACCGCGCGGUAUACAGACAACGCAAAGACAAAGUUGCUUGCUCCCGGUCUGCUCGAUAUCGCGCGCCUUCGCGACGCAAACCAGCAGGCGCCCUCGCAGGCCGCCAUCCAGACGCUUUCCUUCCAUCCUUCCAUCCCUCUCCUACUGUCGGCCGGAUACGACCGGACUCUUCGCAUCUACAACGUCGACGGGAAAGUCAACCCGCUCGCUACUUCUCUUCACAUCCGCGCUUCGCCUGUCCAGACCGCCGAGUUCCAUCCCGACGGACGCAGGGUGUUUGCCGGCGGCCGUCGCCGCUACUUUUAUGUCUGGGACCUCGAGUCGGGAAAUAUCGACAAGAUCAGUCGCAUGUACGGCCACGAGCAGAGUCAGCGAAGCAUGGAACGUUUCAAGCUCUCGCCCUGCGGUCGGUUUAUCGGUUUAGUCGGUUCCGGCGGCUGGGUCAACUUACUGGACGCGAACAACGGUCAGUGGAUCUCGGGCGCCAAGAUCGAAGGUGGAGCGGUUGCGGAUUUCGUCUGGAGCAGCGACGGCGGACGCAUCACGAUCGCAAACUCUGUCGGUGAAAUCUGGGAAUGGAGUACCUCCGAACGGAGAUUCAUCUCGCGUUGGGCCGACUUUGGCGGUGUCGGCAUCACGACGCUCGCGGCUACAGACAAGUGGCUCGCGCUCGGCAGUCAGAGCGGAAUCGUAAACGUGUACGACACAGCCAAGAAGGAGGACGAUCAGCCGAAACUUGCCUUCUCGCUCGACCAGCUCGUGACCUCGAUCUCGGGCCUGUCGUUCUCGCACGACGGACAAAUGCUCGGUAUGGCCUCGCGCGCAAAGAAAGACGCGUUCAGGUUUGCGCAUUUGCCUUCGGGAACCGUGUUCAAGAACUGGCCUACCUCUGGUACCCCGCUCGGCAAGGUCACUGCGACCGCGUUCAGCGCCGGGUCGGAGAUGUUUGCGUCCGGAAACGAAGCGGGCAAGAUCAGGCUGUUCAAGCUCAAUCACUACGCCUAG